AUGUCCAUAUACGAAGAAGUCGAGAUUGAAGACAUGAUCUUUGACGAGGACGAGCUCGUCUACACCUACCCGUGUCCCUGCGGGGACAAGUUCCGCAUUACGCUCGAAGAACUCUGGGAAGGCGAAGACGUUGCCAAAUGUCCUUCGUGUACGUUAAGGAUUAUGGUCAUUUUUGAAGAAGAGGAUCUA